CGAUAGAAAAAUGCUUAUUUUAGAAAGGAUAAGUAAUAAAAUUAAUAUCCAUUGGCGUUCUGAGGAAACAGCAACAGAUCACGCAACGUCGUUGUCAGCUACUCGAGAAUUUCUACUUUUGCAUCCUGAAAUUGAUAAAAUUAUUCUAAUUCAAGUAACGUCUCCAUUUAUUAAUGAAAAAUAUUUACAACAUGCUGUAAACGAAAUGCAGCAUUACGAAUGCGUUUUCUCUGUAACGAGGUCUUUCAAGUUACGAUGGAACAAAACGGGAAAAGGAAUACUUCCUAUCAACUUUGAUCCUAAACGAAGACCUCGUAGACAGGAUUGGGAUGGUGAACUUAUAGAGAACGGAAUGUUUUAUGGUGCUAAAAGGGAAAUGAUAAUGAAUGGCUAUUUUCAAACUGAUAAGUUAUGUCGAAAUUGGAAUGCACUACCUACUUUGUGAAGUGAGAACGAUUGAAACUAUAUAGACUAUUUUAAAACUUGUAAUGCAG